UUUGAAAUAAUAUAAAAUAUAAAAUAUAAAAAUGAGUUUAAAUAAUGAAACCCAAGUAGUAUCUGAUUUUAAUGAACUAAAUAUCUUUGAUAAAAGUUCUACUUCGGCAAAAAUUAAUCAUGAAAAUUGUUACAAUCCAAAGAAAAAAAAAUUUUGGUGUAAAGAAUGUGUUCCUCGUUGCAUAAUUGAAGGUUGGAUCAGUGGAAAUGAUGAUAUUGAUAAUUUUAUCAAGGAUUCGAUUUAUAACGGGUGUUAUCCAUCAUUUCUUGAAUGGGUUCCAUUUGAUAGAUUUGAAGAUAUGAAACAAAUAGGUGAAGGUGGAUUUGCAAAAGUGUAUUCUGCAACUUGGAUUGAUGGUGAUGCAAAUUACAUUAAACAAGAUGAUGGAAAUUGGAUAAAAAGAGAACCUAAAUCCAUGGAAGUUGCCUUGAAAAGGCUGAAUGGAUCACAGAAUAUGUCAGCUGAUCAUUUAAAUGAACUUAAAACACAUUGGAAAUUAAAUUGCAUACAAUUAGAUUCUUUAAAAUUUUAUGGGAUGACCAAAGAUCCAAAAACUGAAGAAUUUAUGAUGAUUAUGCAAUUUGCAAGUAGAGGAGAUUUGAGAAAUAUUCUUUCAAGUAAUUUUAAAAAUAUUUUAUGGAAUGAGAAAAUUGAUUAUUUAUAUCUUAUGGCAAAGGAUCUUAAAAAUUUACAUGAAUUAGGCUAUUUUCAUAAAGAUUUUCAUAGUGGAAAUAUGUUAUCAUGUGAUGAUGAUAGUUUUUAUAUUUCAGAUUUUGGAUUAUCUGGACCAUCAAAUGAACAGAAAUUAUCAGAUAGUAGUAAUAAAAUAGUUGAUAUUUAUAGUUUCGGUGUAGUUAUGGCUGAAGUAUCAUCUGGAAAACCUUCUUUUUAUAAAAGAAAACAUGAUAAUAACUUAGCAUUGGAAAUAUGUAAUGGACUCAGACCAAAAUUUGGAAAAGGAACCCCUGAAAUUUAUAAGAAAUUAGCUCAUAGAUGUAUGAAUGCUAAUCCAAAUCAAAGACCAACAGUCAAUGAAUUAUAUGAAAUAUUAAAUUGUUGGCAUUGGUAUGAUGAUAAUGAAAAAUAUGGAUAUAAAGGAAAAGAAGUUAGAAAUGCAUUUGAGGAAGCUGAUAAAGAAAUACCAAAUAUUUCAACCUUAUGUGAAAAAGAUCCUGAUGCUAUUUAUACUAGUAGAGCAUUUACAUUUAAAAUUUUGUCAAAGCCCAUUAAUUCAUCUUUUAUUGCUACUACAUAUCUUAAUGAAGAAGAUAAUAAAGAUUGUCAAGAUUCUCAAUUAAUUGACUUAGAGAUUCCUAGCACGUCAAAAUUAGAAGAUGGUGAUAGUGAUAACUAAAUAAAUCGUAUCAAAAAUUUUGUAACUAUAUACAGUCAGCUCUCAAUAUAACGAACCCUCCGGUUCACCUCAAAUUCGCUACAAGAUUAUAGUGAAGAAUUCAAAGAAUUUAAUUAUUGGCUUUUGGCUGAUUCGUUAUAACGAGGGAUAUUUGACGUAUUUGAUUAUUUUUUUAAAUAUACUUUUUAACCGAACGAAAAAAAAAGUAUUAAUAUUGAAUGGUAAUAAUCAUAUCGAUAUGAGGUUAGAUGUCACGUGUUGGAAAAAUUUCGUUAUAAAGCGAGUUCGUUAUAUCGAGAGUUGACUGUAUACUAUGUUAAUUUUUUUUAUUUAUUUACGAUAAAAUUAAAGAAUUA